UAUAUAUAUGUGUGUUUAUGUGCACCCUUGUGGUGACUACAACAGAAAAGGUUGUACCUUUUUUUUGAAGUCUCUUUUGGGUUCAGCAAUGGCUGUGUUCAUGGCAAUAUUGGGUGUAGUGGUGGUGCUCUGUUUUUGCUCUGCUCUCUUGAGGUGGAAUGAAGUAAGGUACAGGAAAAAAGGUUUGCCUCCUGGCACAAUGGGUUGGCCAGUUUUUGGGGAGACAACAGAGUUUCUCAAACAGGGUCCAAACUUCAUGAAAAACCAGAGAGCAAGGUAUGGCAGUUUUUUCAAAUCCCACAUACUUGGUUGUCCUACCAUUGUGUCCAUGGAUCCAGAGCUUAAUAGAUACAUCCUAAUGAAUGAGGCAAAAGGUCUUGUUCCUGGAUACCCUCAAUCCAUGUUAGAUAUCUUAGGCAAAUGUAACAUUGCAGCUGUUCAUGGCUCCACCCACAAGUACAUGAGAGGAGCACUGCUUUCCAUCAUUAGCCCCACCUCGAUCAGAGAUCAGCUUUUGCCAAAAAUUGAUGAGUUCAUCAGAGCCCACCUUAGCAACUGGGAUAACAAAGUCAUCAACAUUCAAGAGAAAACCAAGGAGAUGGCCUUCCUCUCAUCUCUGAAGCAGAUUGCUGGCAGAGAAUCUGUCUCGUUGUCUGACUCAUUCAUGACAGAGUUCUUUAAGCUUGUUCUUGGAACCAUUUCUCUACCUAUUAACCUUCCUGGGACAAAUUACCACCGUGGAUUCCAGGCAAGGAAGACUAUGGUCAAUGUUCUGAGUAAGCUACUGGAGGAAAGAAGAGCAUCCAAUGAAACCUACCAUGACAUGCUUGGUUGCUUGAUGGCAAGAGAGGAAAACAGAUACAAACUAAGUGAUGAAGAAAUCAUUGAUCUGGUGAUAACGGUCAUAUAUUCUGGUUAUGAAACUGUUUCAACUACAUCAAUGAUGGCAGUGAAGUACCUCCAUGACCAUCCCAAAGCUCUUGAAGAACUCAGAAAAGAGCAUUUGGCCAUAAGAGAGAGGAAAAAGCAUGAUGAGCCAAUUGACUGGAAUGACCUCAAGUCAAUGAGUUUUACUCGAGCGGUGAUUUUUGAGACCUCUAGAUUGGCCACAAUAGUUAAUGGGGUCCUAAGGAAAACCACUCAAGACAUGGAACUAAACGGCUAUUUGAUUCCCAAAGGAUGGAGAAUAUAUGUGUACACAAGAGAGAUCAACUAUGACCCUUUUCUAUAUCCUGAUCCUCUCACUUUCAACCCAUGGAGAUGGCUGGAUAAGAGUCUCGAAUCAAAAAACUACUUCUUGAUAUUUGGAGGAGGCACCAGACUAUGUCCAGGAAAAGAGUUGGGAAUAACAGAAAUUUCCACUUUCCUACACUACUUUGUAACCAGAUACAGGUGACAGAUUAAGUUAUUCACUUGAAUUUAUCUUCAAUAUACUUUCAGUGUAAAAAAAUUUACAUUCUGAAUCAGUCAAAAGUCAUGAUGGUCCACUGAAAUCAGUUUACAUUAUUCAUCAAACAUGAUGGUUACUAAAUAACAGUAUCAAUAUCUUGCAAACUGUGACUGUAUAAUAAUAUAACAGUAUAAAGUUCCUUAAUACUACUUUAUUCAAUCAAACAUUUGGUGGGCACAAAGAAUUUGUAAAAAUUUGAAAAGAAGUAUUGUUUACUCUACCUGCUUUUGACAAAUUUGGAUUCUCUAAAUGGCUCACAUACAUCUAGAGAAAUUAUUAUUAUCCAUCAUUGAGCAUUUAUUUGUCUGGUUUGAAAUUU